ACCCGAGCGGGCACGGGGGCUCAGCCCCGCCGGGACAGCGGCAGCGCCCUUGCCACUCCUUGCCCUCCCCUGCGCCCCUCGGCCGGUCCUUCCCCGUGCCACCCCGUGGCUGCCAACGCCUGCCGGGUGGGCACGGGCUGGCACGGGCUGGCACGGCCGGAGGCGCUCAGGAGGAGGAGGAGGACGACGACGACGAAGAGAGCCGGCCGGGGGAGCGAUGCGGCGGGCGGCGAAGGUGGCGAUGCCCCCGGGCACGGGCGGAGCUCCGGGCGUGUUCCUGCUGGCACUGCUGCUGAGCUGCCUCCCGGAGCUGGGCAGAGCCGGGCUCGAGUUUGGUGACACCCUGCCGGACUCCUUCCCGUCAGCCCCAGCCGAGCCCCUCCCCUACUUCCUGCAGGAGCCAGGGGACGCCUACAUCGUCAAGAACAAGCCUGUGGAACUGCUGUGCCGCGCCAGCCCGGCCACCCAGAUCUACUUCAAGUGUAACGGCGAGUGGGUGAACCAGAAUGACCACCUCACCAAGGAGAGCCUGGACCAGGGCACUGGUCUGCUGGUGCGUGAGGUCCAGAUUGAGGUGUCCCGCCAACAGGUGGAGGAGCUGUUUGGGCUGGAGGACUACUGGUGUCAGUGCGUGGCCUGGAGCUCUGCCGGAACCACCAAGAGCCACCGCGCCUACGUCCGCAUCGCCUACUUGCGGAAGAACUUCGACCAGGAGCCCCUGGGGAAGGAGGUGCCCCUGGAACAAGAGGUCCUGCUCCAGUGCCGCCCUCCGGAAGGGGUGCCCCCGGCUGAGGUGGAGUGGCUAAGGAACGAAGACAUCAUCGACCCAUCCCAGGACACCAACUAUCUGCUCACCAUCGACCACAACCUCAUCAUUCGCCAGGCCCGACUGGCGGACACCGCCAAUUACACCUGUGUGGCCAAGAACAUUGUGGCUAAGCGCCGUAGCACCACGGCCACCAUUGUGGUCUAUGUGAAUGGAGGCUGGUCCACAUGGUCAGAGUGGUCCUCAUGCAACAACCGCUGUGGGCGCGGCUGGCAGAAGCGCACCCGAACCUGCACCAACCCGGCUCCGCUCAAUGGUGGCACAUUUUGUGAGGGCCCAGCUUUCCAGAAGGUUGCCUGCACCACCAUGUGUCCAGUAGAUGGAGCCUGGACUGAGUGGAGCAAGUGGUCAGCAUGUAGCACAGAGUGCACACACUGGAGGAGCCGGGAGUGCACGGCCCCAGCUCCCCAGAACGGGGGGCGGGACUGCGGCGGCCUGCUGCUCGAUUCCAAGAACUGCACUGACGGCCUGUGCAUGCAAAAUAAGAGAGUUCUAAGCGAACCCAAAGGUGACCUGAUGGAAGCCACAGGGGACGUGGCUCUCUACGCUGGGCUGGUGGUGGCUAUAUUCGUCUUCCUGGUCAUCCUCAUGGCCGUCGGGGUGGUCGUGUAUCGGCGUGGCCGCCGGGACUUCGACACGAACAUCACUGACUCAUCUUCUGCCCUUACCGGUGGCUUCCACCCUGUCAACUUCAAGACUGCCCGGCACAACAAUCCCCAGCUUCUGCACCCAUCCAUGCAGCCGGACCUGACAGCCAGCGCCGGCAUCUACCGCGGGCCCACGUGUGCGCUGCAGGACCCCGCCGACAAGAUCCCCAUGACCAACUCGCCCCUGCUCGACCCCCUGCCCAACCUCAAGAUCAAGGUGUUCAGCACCCCCGGGGUCCCUGGCCUGCCUGACGGGGCCGACUUGCUGGGCGGAUUGCCCUCGGGACCCUACCUGGGAGAGGAACAACCCUUCCUGAACAUGCGGAGCAGGACACUGGGCUCGCAGACCCUCCUAGGCCCCCCCAGGGAGCAUGGGCUCGGUGCCAGUGGGACCUUCGGCUGCCUCGGUGGACGACUUACCAUUCCAGACACAGGGAUCAGCCUGCUGGUGCCCAAUGGGGCCAUUCCUCAGGGAAAGUUCUACGAGAUGUACCUGAUCAUCAACAAGGCCGAGAACACCCUCUCUCCUGUGGAAGGGACCCAGACAGUAUUGAGCCCCAUGGUGACCUGCGGGCCCACCGGCCUGCUCCUGUGCCGCCCGGUCAUCCUCACCAUCCCUCACUGUGCGGACGUCAGCUCCCCGGACUGGAUUUUCCAGCUGAAGACCCAGUCGCAUCAAGGGAGCUGGGAGGAAGUUGUGACGCUGGGCGAGGAGACCCUCAACACUCCAUGCUUCUGCCAGCUGGAAGCCAAGUUCUGCCACACCCUACUGGACCAGCUGGGCACCUACGUCUUCGUUGGGGAGUCAUAUUCCCGCUCUGCUGUCAAGAGACUCCAGCUAGCCAUCUUUGCCCCCGCCCUCUGCACCUCCCUGGAAUACAGCCUCAGGGUGUACUGCUUAGAAGACACUCCGGAUGCACUGAAGGAGGUGCUGGAGCUGGAGCGGACACUGGGGGGGUACUUGCUGGAGGAGCCCAAGCCAUUACUCUUCAAGGACAGCUACCACCACCUGCGGCUCUCCAUCCAUGACAUCCCGCACACCCAGUGGAGGAGCAAGCUACUGGCCAAAUUCCAGGAAAUUCCCUUCUGCCACAUCUGGAGUGGCACCCAGAAGGCCCUGCACUGCACCUUCACACUGGAGCGGUUCAGCCUGGCGUCCUCCGAGCUCACCUGCAAGAUCUGCGUGCGGCAGGUGGAGGGGGAGGGACAGAUAUUCCAGCUGCACACGACGCUGGCCGAGACAGCUGCCGGUUCUUUGGACGCCUUCUGCUCAGCCCCAAGUAUGUCCGGGGCCACCCAGCUGGGGCCACACGCCUUCAAGAUCCCCAUGUCCAUCCGCCAGAAAAUCUGCAAUAGCCUAGAUGCCCCCAAUUCCCGGGGCAACGACUGGAGGCUGCUGGCCCAGAAGCUCAGUAUGGACCGGUACCUGAACUAUUUUGCCACCAAAGCCAGCCCCACUGGGGUGAUCCUGGACUUAUGGGAAGCUCUGCACCAGGAUGAUGGAGACCUCAACACUCUGGCAGGUGCCUUGGAAGAGAUGGGCAAGAGUGAGAUGCUGGUGGUCAUGGCAACAGAAGGCGACUGCUGAGACGGUCCCCAGCUCCCUGGAUCCUGAUGGGUGUGUGGGACCCCUGAAAAAAGACAGAUGGACUUGGGGGUGGAUGGGUGAGAAGGAGGAGGAGGAGAAGGAGGAAGAAUGCAGGCCAUGCCAGGGUCAGUUACCUCUCCUCCAACAGGGCACAGGGCUCAGAAGAAAACAGGAAUGGGGAGACUAUCUCUAUAUCCUCCAAUCCCCUCUUCCUUCUCCUCCUCCUUUUCCUCCAGGUCUCUAUCCUCCUCAGAGAUGACACCUGCAAUUGGCAGGAGAUCCAAGCACCCCUGGGCACUCUCUCCCCAACCGCUGUCCCCGCCCCCACAGCCGUGCUCAGCCAGAGAUCUCUAGGUGUCGGGUUAGGGUAUCCUGCAUUAUAGAUCUCUUCCUCCUCUUUCUCCUUUACCCUUCUCCUUUGACGAUUCAGACUGCAAUCUAGACAAACUGCUUUAUCCUGUCCAAAAAACUCCAAACAGCUAGAAAGACUAAGAGAAGAAGGACUAAGAAAAACAAUCCACAAGAAAAAAAAGAGGAAAAAGGAAACCAGUUUCUUAGGAAACGCAGAUUAUUUAUUAUCCAGAUCUUUGGAUGAACCCUUUUUAAGAAAAAAAAAAGAAAAAGAAAAUGAAAAAAAAAAGCCGAAAGUUGAAAACCGUUUUAUUGAGCGGUUGGAAGGAGUGAGUGUGUGGAGGCUGGGUGGGAAAGUAGGUUGCCUGGUUCUAGCGUAAGUGUGGCACCAAGGGUAAGAGGCAGAGAGAGGCAAAGGAGAAAUCCCCUUGUCUGCGACUCAGACUCAGCAGCUGUGAAAUGCACCUGGCAGGGAAUGUUUGAGAAUGCCGGUCACGGGGCAGAGUGGGAUUAAGCCAUUUGCUAUCUGUGGUAGCUCUGAAUGGGCCAACUAGCCGAUCCACAGCUCUGGCCACAGUAGCCAGUGGCCCAACAAGCAGAUUGGAGUGUCUCUGCAGAGGAGGGGAAAAGGAGUUGGUCAAGCAUGCUGUGGCCAGCUUCUCUGCAGAUAAACAACCCUGCUUCCUCUUUGGAUGUUGGGAUCUCUGUGUGAUAGAGCCUGGGGCACAGGUCUCCCUUCCUGCCACUCACGAGUUUUGUGGGCAGUGGAAGAGAACGGGGCCAGCCCACCAUCCCCCCCGUCCUUUGGCCAUGACUCCCAGGUGACUCGUCUGGCCUGGGACUCUGGACUGAGGAAAUAUCCGGGCUCCCCUAGACUCAUCCAUCCAAGAUAGUUUUUCCUCUGCACCUCCGCCCCCACCUGGGUGUGCUGGGGGCAAGACCUUGGGCGUGCUGCAGGGAACCCCUGGGGAAAGAGCUAGUGGGGGCGGGGAGGUGUGGGGAGAGACCGGCUCAAAGCCCAUGCUCUGUUUUACAAGCCUAAGAUUGGCAAUGCUAACCAGAGCCUCAUCUUUCCCAGCUCUGAUCUCUGCUUCCCCCAUGAUUCCCUCGCCCAAGCUCCUCCCCAGGGUAAGCCCACUCUUGCAGGGAGGUGACAGUGCCAGAGGGUCUUUAAUCCCAGGUGGACCAUCCCUCCCCUUCAGUCCAGCCCACCCUCCCCCUGCCCAUUGGAUUCCCAUCCUGAACCUAUGGGGAAGGCGUAAGUACGGCUGGGAGGAGAGGUGGAGAGCCGGUGGGCUCUACUCCCUUCUGGAUCAGGCUGGGCUGUCCCUUUCUCCCUUCUGAGCCCACCUCAGAAGAGCACCUGGAAAUCCAGCCUAGGCCCCGGCCCCUCCCUCAGAGCCGCCCGGGACCCCUGCCUUCUGGCCCAGAUUUUGUUGGAUCCCCUGGCCCAGCUGGCUAAUUACCCGGUAAUCGCCUGGUAUUUAUUAUUUACAGGGCAAUAAACAGAGGAGUAUUUCUGCCCUCCAACCCGAGUGCGAGAGCUACACGGUAAUUAGUUCUGGGGCUGCUCACUGCUAUUAUCCAGGAACCUGCGGGAACACGUAUUCCUGUGCAGUUCUUGGGAGCUGGCCCCAGUGCCCCAAACCCAGAGCCCUUUGAAAUGCUGCUAAUUUAAAGAAGGUUUUGGUUUUUUAUGGUGCGUGGUCCUGGCUGGUGUCUGAGUCUGUGCCGCCACUGCCGCUGUUGCAAAAACAUGGCCGUGGGUUUGGGGUUUUAUUGCCAUUCUCACCAAAGGCAGCUGCUGGCGGUGGCAGA